CUCCCUUCCCCUAAUAACCCCUUACAACACGCUCCAAGCCCACCUCGCCCGCAACGCAAACAUCCUCCGCUACCUAACCCUCCACUGCAUCCCCUCCCCCUCCAUAAACCCCCUCGAACCCCAAACCGACCUCAUCGAACCCAUUCUACCUCUGCCCCUAACCCCAAGAUCAGGAGAAUACGCCCAAAACUUCCCCUCCCACCCGCGCAGGCGCGAGUACACCUGCCUCCUCCAAGCUAUACGCUCCGUGCAGUGGUCAGCAGACGCCAUCAACGACAUGCUCGCCGUAGUAGACUUCCACUCCCCUCUACCAUCCCCUUCAUCUCCGUCAUUCUCAACGUCCCCUUCGCACAGACGAAUCUCGACAGCCCUCCCCGCCUUUCGAAAACUCCGCGCCGCUGAUGCAGAGAGGCGGGGGUACCUUACCUCGGCGCAGCUGCACGAGCUCAGCACGCACGGCAUCUCGCUCCUCGACGUGCUGCAGAUGAACGACGUCCCGAGGGUCGUGAGCUCCGGGCUGGGCGGGCGGCUGGUUGCUGCCGCGGCGUCUGGGGCGCUGGGCGUGGCGAGGGAGUGUAAUCUGCUCGAUGAGGAGGGGACGUUGUUGGAGUUGCUUGCUGAUCCGGAGGAGGAGGACUUUGGUACGAAGUUGAGGAUUCGAGAUCAGGGGAGUCGAAGUGGGGGAGGGAGCGGGCUGAGAUGCUGUGUUGGUGUUGAUGAUGAAGUUGAGAUGGAUGUUGAGGAUGGAGGGGUGUAUGAGAAUGACGAUAUGGAUGAAGAUGGGGACGAGAAUGGGGGUAACGUGGAGGGAAUGUAUGACGGGCUCGUCGAUGAGAUGGAAGCAGGGCAUCCAGUUGAUGAUGGGUCGUACCUCGUUAGCCCCUUAUACCCCGAAACGUUCACCGCAGAACAGGACUGGGAGGAGCAUGGUGGUAUCCCCCUAGCGGUGACGACGUCUCAACCAUCAGAGGACCUCAUGACGUUCUCCGAUGACGAAGACGACGAGGACGAUGACAUAUACGAUCCGCCUACAGACUUCGAUCCGGAACAGCCAGAGACAGACCUCCGCGUCAGACCGCUAAACAUACCGAGAAAGAAACCCACGCUCAGAAGGUCACAUAACUUUCGAGAAAUCGAUACCACUGGCGAAGAGACUACUACCACCGCGGUUCUGGUCGACGAAGAGACGGGCGAGGACCCGGAACUGCGGCGGUUCUUCAACGAGAUUGGGGCGCGAGUAGUUGCUACCAGGUCAAACAUGAUUAUCGAGUGAGGUAGAAAGGGCCAGUAAGAAAUUGACGAUAACUUAACUCAACCCAUUUCGAAAAAGUCUGUAAUUCUCAUCGAGUGGCCCCAGAGAAGGAAGGAAGAAAGGAAGACUAGAACUGUACAUCAAGGAGGCAUUUUGUUCUAGCAUGAGUACCUGUUUACCAUACCGUAGAAUGGGAAUAGGAAUAGUCUGAAUGUACGAUAGGACCAAAGGUAUAUACCCCCCCCUCAAUCCCAAUUUCGUCACCACAACCAGCAGGCGCUCGUCUAGGCCGACGGGUCAGGUCAAACUGGGAUAGGUGGGGGAGUGGUAUAUGGUCAACAGUAAAUCCCAGCGCGAGCACCAAGAGAUGUAGCCCCCCG